AUGACGGACAGCGGCGAUGUCGCGGCGGUGCUGUCGUUGAGGACACGCCUGGCCGCCAUCGACCUGUUGGAAAAGGACGGUCUUGAGCAGUGCAGUUCGACGAAUGCACUUGUCGACAAUGGCGACGGCUUGUCUCGCCGCAAAGGAAGCGACAACGGCAAGGACUCCCGCGAAAGUGUGCGGUCUGCGGAAGUCCUGGAUUUUCCCAUGCCAAGCCUUGGCCGGGAGGCCGCAGCAUUCAAGUCUUUGAUGGAGCAGCAUCACACGAAAAUGGUCGAAGCAACACUCGGUCUCUUCGAUGAUCUGCAUGCGAGGCUGAAAGCAUCCCACGACGUUCAGUUGAGCUCAAGGGAAUCUGCCAUCUCAAAACGAGAAGCGCAAGCUCAAGCCAUGGCGACUAUGCUGCGAGAAUCGCUGGACGACAAAAUAGCGCGUGGCAAGGUGCAAAAGCACCUGCUGACGACGCUGGCAACUCAUCAUGCUGCCAAAUCUGCCUUGCAUGAGCGGCUCUACGGAGGACCGCAGAGUCUUCUGCGCAUCAUGCACGCCUGGCACGUGUACAGCCGAAUCCGUGCGUUCAAGGCCCGGCGCGUGCGACAGGCUCAAGUCAUUUACAGACAGCGCUUGCCCCGGAAGCCAUUCUUGAGAUGGCGUCGCUUGGUGCAGACUGCGAAACAUGAUCGACUGGUUGACCAGCAUCGCAUGCACCAUGAUACCGCCAUGCAUGACCUCCAACUUCAGCACGCCAACGACAUCCAGCAGCUGCGUGAUGAACUGAAACGUGCACGUGCAGAGAUCGAAGUGUUCCAGCUCGAGCAAGUUCGCCUGGAGGAAGACGUCCGCCGAGUGUUUCUUCGAGGAGUGUCUGCGAUGAACCUGGAAGCCCUUAGUUUGUUCCGACACAAUCCAGUGCACGUGCCAGGGCGCGCGGUGCAGCCCGGCCACGACUUCGUCGACCUAGAACUCGAGCAGCCACGAGCAAUGGCGCCGCAACCAAUGCACAGGGGCAAUCAAUAG